AUGGCUUUGAGUAAGAAAUCAAUUCCAGACAGUGAAAUAGAGGCUAUUUUAUGUGAGAGUUCUGAUGAUAAAGUGGACAAUUUAGAGUUUGAAGAAUUAUAUGACAAUGACAUUGAUGGUGAAUAUGUGCAAGAACCUAAUGAUAGCAGUGACAAUAGUGACUUGGACGAUGUACCUCCAAGAAAGAAAAAGAAAGUAGUGCGUGUUAGCCCUGCCUUGCCUGUGGUCGGCCCUUCUACUGCACCUGCUACUGCCCCUGUUGCUGGCCUUGCUGCUCCACCUGCUGUUGCCCCUGCUGCUCCCCUUGGACGGCGACGACGAUGCACUGUACCUCAAACAGAUCGUGAUGAGCUUGUACGCUUCAACACAACUAGAAUUAGAUCUAGAAAUGGCUUUAUGUGGAGCACUAGGCCAAAUGCAGGAUCACUACGUACAUUACAUGGCCCCUCCCAACAAGCUUCCCAAGCCGACAUCCCAGAGAAGUGUUUUUCUUUGUUGUCUGUAGAUGAAAUCAUGCAGUAG